AUGUCGAAGGCACCCACUGUGAGUGAAUUAGUAGGAACUGCAAAUAUUACUUUCAAACCUGCCGUUACCGCGCAUGUUGACGACAGGGUCCGCCCUGAUUAUGACACCGAUGUAUUGUUGUGGAAGCCUGGCAAGCUGUCGAAGAAACAGCGUACCAUGUCGGUAGGAUCCAGUGAUUCAGAAGGGCUACGCAGCUCGGGUGACUCUUCCCGCUCUAGCUCCAUCAGCUCACCAGUUGAUGUCCCCCGUCCACGAAAACUCAGUCUCAGUGAGAUGCUAUUUGGCUCACCUUCAACUGGAUUCAGCUGGGGACAGUCCAACAUCAUGAGCUCUCCCAUUGAUGAAAAACGUGAAUCGAUCACCGAGGACGCACGAUUCAAGGAAUUCCUGAAGCAUCAGAACAAAGUCCUCGGUGACGACGGAGUGUGCAGCUUCAAGAAGAGAGACUACAUGAAAUAA